AGAUAAUCUCGAAACUGUCAAACUCUAGCAAAACUAAACGAAAGCGUAUUUCUGAUCUUUAUUGCUUCUUUGGUUUAUGCACAGGAACAAGCUAUAGAUGUAAACCUACCAUUGCCUGCGAAUAUUGUCCAAACAAUCCCGAAUCAAGUAAUGAAUAACAAGUCAGUUGUGGGUUUAGAAGCAGAGAUAUUGUUACCUGCUGCAAACAAUAGUACAGAUCUUUUUUUUGAGGCUGCCGAUCAAGGACAAGAAGAAGAAGACAUAUUUCUAUCAUUAAUAGAUGAGGAAGAUAAGGAAGAAAUAGAAGAUCUACAAGAACUAGAAGAACUAGAAGAAUUAGAAGAAGAUUAUGGCAGCUUUGAAGAGGAAAGCAUAGAAGGUGAUGAAUCCUUCGAGCAAGAAGACUACGAGGGAGCCCAAAUAGAACUAGGUCAAAAAGGCAAUCAUCAAGUCAUGUCAUGGGAUGACUUGCCAUUAGAUAAUACUCCUGCUUAUAUACCUGAUUCUACAGUUUCCUCUCCCCCUUCUCCUCCUAUGGCAAACACUGGAUCUUCAGACAAUAUGCAGAAAAAGCCUUCAGCAUCAAUGAAUAACACAAGAGCAGCAGCUUUUGAGGCAGAUUUCUAUUUGGGUAGUGCUUCAUCUUUGCUGAUUUCGCCUUGGACCUAUUUUGUGACAGUAGCUGCAAUCCUCAUUUCCUAAGCUCGUAAGGAAAACCAUGUAUUAUUCUUAUUCCAAAUAAAUUGCUCAAAAUCGUCAUUAAUCAAAAUGCUUUCCUCAUAGUUGUAAUAAAAUAAGCAAAACGAG